AUGCGCGAAGGCCUGCUUCGUGUCGCUUUGUGUCGACAAUGGGUGGGGAGGGGGGGAAGGGCGGGUGGACAACAGCGAAACAAGUCCUUCGUCCGAGACUCGGACUCGGGCCCGUCGGGUUGUCGGCUUGCCCCUGUUACCCUCAAGGCGGAGCAGGGCUCAAACUCAGGCUGGCCGAGGGAUCGCAAUGCCAUAAAAUUGGCCAAAAAGACAGCAUGA